AGGGACUAGGGAGUUUGGGGGGUAGAAGAAAAGCAAGCAUUGUAGAGGAACCAGAAGAAAAAAGAAAAAUGGCGGGCUCAGCAGCGAACUUGGAGGAUAUCCAUUCUGUAGAUCUAAUGACGGAACUUCUUCGCCGCAUGAAAUGCUCUACUAAACCCGACAAACGCCUCAUACUUGUUGGUCCACCUGGAUCUGGAAAAGGCACUCAGUCUCCAAUCAUUAAAGAGGAAUACUGUUUGUGCCAUUUGGCCACUGGUGAUAUGCUGAGAGCUGCUGUUGCUGCUAAAACUCCCCUUGGAAUUAAGGCUAAAGAAGCUAUGGAUAAGGGACAACUUGUUUCUGAUGACCUGGUUGUUGGGAUCAUUGAUGAAGCAAUGAAGAAGCCGUCGUGUCAGAAAGGUUUCAUUCUUGAUGGGUUCCCGAGGACAGUGGUACAAGCUGAAAAGCUUGAUGAGAUGCUUAAAAAGCAAGGAACCAAAAUUGAUAAGGUACUCAACUUUGCCAUCAAUGAUUCGCUGUUGGAAGAGAGAAUCACUGGUCGAUGGGUUCAUCCUUCAAGUGGUCGGACCUACCACACGAAAUAUGAACCCCCAAGAGUUCCUGGUGUUGAUGAUGUCACUGGAGAGCCUUUGAUUCAACGAAAAGAUGAUACUGCAGAAGUUCUCAAAUCAAGGCUGGAGGCAUUCCACAGGCAAACUGAACCGGUAAUUGAUUAUUAUGUGAAGAAGGGUAUCGUUGCCCUCAUCCCUGCGGAGAAACCCCCAAAAGAGGUCACUACUGAGGUUCAGAAGGUGCUUUCUUCAUAGGAGUGAAGUUCUUUCUUUUAAUUUAAGCACACUUUUUUAGCAACACUGGGUUAGCCCCCAUUUGUAAUCACACUGUCGGAAUUUCUAAUUUAUCUUUGCUUUCAUAUCUUUUUCUUCUUAAACUGAAGUGAGUCUGCAAUUCCCGGA